ACUCAGAAAAGAGUAAACAGAAUAGUAGGCAAAUGAGGACUGUCGGUGCGCAGGAAGGCUUACCACACCUCCGAGAGGAAGGAGAAGUCUGGGUGAGAACCACUUUCAGUUGAUGACAGAAGCGCCCAGGGUGGACACCGGCCGCAGGAGGCCACCGACUCCCGUCUGCCCCGCCGUCAUGCUCUGCCUGCUCCUGCCUCUCGCGCUGGUCUCCUGCCUCGGCCCAGGGAACACAGCUUCACAAGCCAGCUCAACCCCACUGAUGGUGAAUGGGACUCUGGGGGAGUCGGUAACUUUUCCCUUGAAACUUCCUAUAUCCGAGGAUACUCAUUCCAUCACCUGGCUUUACAACGGGACAUCUAUAACCUUCAUACAACUAAGCAAUCCUUCAGAUCCACAGAUCAUACUGACGAAUCCAAAAUGGAAAGACCGACUGCAAUUCACCAGGAACUACUCCUUACAGCUCAGCAACCUGACAAUGGCUGACGCAGGAUCUUACCAUGCCCAGAUAACCACACAAACCUCUACAGUGUUUUCCAGUUACAAGCUGAGGAUCUUCAGACCACUGAGGAACUUAGAAGUGGCCAACCACACUUGGCGAUCCGAGAAUGGGACCUGUCAGAUCCACCUGGCCUGCUCUGUGGGGAAUAUGAAUGACGACAACCUAGUAGGGUGGGAGGUCGCAGGAAGCAUAUCUAUAAGAGAAGCCAACCUCACUCUGUCCUGGGACCCCAAGAAGUCCAGCGAAGAGAAGUACACCUGCAUAGCUGAGAAUCCUGUCAGCCAACUGUCCUUCUCUGUUUCCACCCAGAGUCUCUGCAAAGAUUUUUUGAAUGAUGAAUCCAUUGGUACCCUAUGGAUUGUACCUGUGACUAUUAUUUUGAUAUGUCUAGUCAUCGUGUUACUUGUUGUUUGGAGGAAGAAAUACUGUUUGUGCAAGAGAGGCAUCUUUCAUUUCUCUGCUCAGCAGACCCAGACUUCUGCAGAGAACGUGAAUAACUUAGAGUAUGUCUCCAUCUCUUCGGGGAACACCGUGUAUGCUCAUGUCACUCAUCCAAAGAGGCAAACAAGUAAGCCAACGCCUAUGAAAAGCACUGAUUCCUCCACGAUUUACUCCACGGUUCAUCAGUCCAAAGAGAGUAAGCCCAUUUCUCCCCGGACGACUGCCCUCGGCAACGUCAUCCAAGUGGCUGAGGGGUCUCAGCAGGAAUGCAGGAAGGACUUGGCUUCUCCCGAUCCCUUGGGAAAGAACAAACACAGCGUGGUUUCUGCCUGGAGAACUUGAAUAUCUAGGAUCAUCACUUCCAGUUCUGAGGACCGGAACCUGUUCGCCUACGUCAAAUAUCGAAGGAAUGACAUCAUUUCCAACAUGGGACCCAAAUAACAUUUUCUAAUGUGCUCCGGGUCAAAACACGCCUCGGCGAACAAGCCUGGAUAUUGACUUUCUCUUUGGCAAUGGAUGGGGUUGCGGUUGACAGGGAGUGGUAAUUCAGAAGACAACGACUUCUCUCCUUGUAGACAGCAGCAGGACUGUGAUUCGCUGGGAGAGAGUACUGUGUGUUACGUAUGUUGUCUCCGGAAUCGGACGGACCCAUCCCCAAACCCUCACGCAUCAUUUACUAGACAUACCUCCUGGGACCCGUUACGGAACCUCUUGAGCUCUGGUCUGCUAGACUGAAAAAUGGGGAUCGGCCCGUUAUUCAAACCGGGAACCGGAGUUAUCCUUGACUUCAGCUGUUUCGUCACCGGGCCCUUUGGACUCUACCCCCACACAUGUAUGUCAGAUCAACCCGCUUCUCUCCAAACCUGCAACCUCCAUCCUGUAUUAACCCACCAUCAUCUCCAACCUGGGCUACAACAGUAAACUCCAAACAAAUGUCCCCCAGGUUUGCUCUUAUCUCCCUCCGGUCCAUUCUCCACAAGACAGCCAGAGAAAUAUCUUUAAUAUAAAUCAGACCCUUCACUUGUCUGCUUAAGAUGAACCCUGCGGGACUUCCCGGUCACUCAGAAAGAAACUGAGUCUCCGUGGCUCUGGAUGGCCUGGCGCAUCUACAACCUCGGCCGUCACCACUCACCCCUCUCUCUCUGAUUUGGCCUCUCUGGUUCUCUUUCAGCUCCUCGGAGGAGUUUGCUCACAUCUGUCUCCAGACCCUUCUCUGCCUGCCUCCUUCCUCCUCAUUCUAUAGGUGUCGGUGCACAUAUGUCACUCUCCAAGAGAGACCUUCAGACCAUUCUAUCUGAAGUGCGUCCCCUUGUAUUCUGUCACACUUUCCACGUCGUCUAUCACAUGCCAUCGACUAUUUAUUAUAUUUAAUGUCUCCUUCUCCGACUACUCCAUACGCUCUCGGGGAGCAAGGACCUCAAUGAUUUCAUCUCAGUAUCCUGACCACCCAGCACAGGAUCUAGCGCCUAGAAAAUGUUCAGCCGAGCUCCUGGGUGGCUCGGUCGGCUAAGCGACUGACUUCGGUUCAGGUCAUGAUCUCGCGGUCCGUGAGUUCGAGCCCCGCGGCGGGCUCUGCGCGGACAGCUCGGAGCCUGGAGCCUGCUUCGGAGUCUGUGUCUCCCCCUCUCUCUGCACCCCCCCCACCCCCUGCUCAUGCUCUCUCUGUGUCUCUCAAGAAUAAACAAACGUUGAAAACAGUGUUCCAUGAUACUUUUUAAAUAGAUAAAUGAGCAUCUAGUGGAGUCCUGGAAGAAUUAAAGACAAUGUGCCUGCAGCCCUUGGUGUAUUCACAGAGCCCGGGAAACACGAGCGUCAGUGUUGCGUUGUUACUAUUCCUGUUGUUAAAUUGCGACCUCCUGAACUCUUACAGUCUUCUCACAAACCCUCACCACAAGAAAGGAGAAGGGAUACAUUGCCUGGGGCCCCUCUUCCCUACCGGUUUGCCAGUUUGCAUCAUUCCCUACCAGUCUACUCGGCUCAGAUUUUAAAACUUCAUUCUUUUAUCCCCAGAGCAGAAUUCUCUGAUGUUUUUGUGGGUUUGAGAUCUUCAAGAUAAAAAAUUUUUUGACAACGCCCUAUGGAGGUGUGAUCGACAUACAAGAAGCUGGACAUCCUUCAUGGCACACAACUCGAGUCUGGAGAGAAGUAUGCAUUUGUGAAACUGACCACAGUCGGGACUAUAAACAUAUCUGGCACCAUGAGAAGUGUCCUCUAGCCUCUUUUACUUUCAAUUUUUAGUUUUUGGUGGGACGCGGACACUUAACAUAAGACCUACCCGGUUAGAAAAAUGUUAAGUACGAUAUUGUUAAUUAUAGGCCCUAGGAUGUACGGUGAAUCUCUCUAGGACUCAUUCCUCGCGCUUAACUGAAAUUUUAUCCCCUUUCUCCCAACUCUGCGGAGCCAGGCCAAGUGCCGAGGCACCGGGUCUAUCUUCCCCAGAGCAGCACACAGAUGUGCCAGGAUAACGGGUGCCAACUCCUACCUCUCCUUCCCUGGUGAAGGAGCAGUCGGGGGUGAGGUGCUUUCUCCCCCUCCUGUAGAGCCAAAGCCAACUGCUGGGAUCCAGGCUGGCUGCCGAGCUGUGCGCGCGAGCCGUGUGGCUCCCCCCUAUGGGGGACCGCCUGCAGGGGUGGAUGCGGGCCUGCUGUGGGGGUCCACUGGUGGACCAGCUCACUGGCAGGGCCCCUAGGCUGGUUUUUGAGAUCCACACGUCCGUUGCCGUGGGCCCCAGCCCCCUUGCUUUGUUCUUAGCUGCCCCCCAAUGAGACAGAAAUGCAACGUCCCUAUGCGUUCCGGGGGACAGAAGCAAGCCUCCCGGGCCCAUUGCGAAAGGCUGGGGAAGGAGGACGCUCAUUUCACGGGGUCUCCUGUGGGAGGAACCAGACUGAGGGAGUCUCUCUAAGCACUGAGCUGUGCCAGCUUGGGGUGAUGUGAGUUAAGUGAAAUUGUUCUCACCCUUUGCAAUGUGUCUGCUCUCGGAUUCUGUGCUCCACUCGGGCGCUAGGACCUCUCAACGGGACCCCGGGGCUCUCGUAAAAGUGUAUUUGUCCAGGAAUGGCUGCUAAAUCAGGGUUCCCCUGGGAGGAACUCUAAUGUGCUGAUGUCACUCUAAUACACCAUUUUUCAACGUGUCUCCUUCUGAUCACAAAAAUAAUAAAUACAUGCUCAUUAUAAAUGAUUCAAACAUUCCAUAAACAGAAAUUCCAUACAAUCCCCAACAUAACUACCACAAAUCGUUCCCUAUCAAAGGCAUAAGCUUUUUACCAAAAUGAAAUAUUUUUUACAAUUUUUCUGCUUAAGAAUAUCUCUUCAGGGGUCCCUGGCUGGCUCAGGUGUUAGAGCAUGAAACUCUUUUAUUUAUUUGUUUGUUUUUUGUUUGUUUGUUUAUUUACUUUGAAAAAGAGAGAAAGAGAGAGAGGAGUGAAAGAAUCCUAAGCAGGCUCUACGCUGACAGUGCACAGAGACAAAGCCCCAGGUGGGGCUCGAUCUCACAAACUCUGAGAUCAUGACCUGAGCCAAAAUCAAGAGUCAGACGCUUACCCGACUGAGCCACCCAGGCACUCCUAGCAUGCAGCUCUUGAUCUUGGGGUUGUGGGUUCGAGCCCCACACUGGGUGUAAAGAUUACUUAAAAAAUAAAAAUAAACAGUUUUUAAAGAAAGAAUAUCUCUUAACUCUCCAAUGUCAGAACAUGUAGUUGUGCUACAUUUUUUUUUUGCUUUUGAUUAAUUUUUAUUAGUUUUGUCUACAAAUAGUUCAAAUAGUGCUUUAAAAUGCAUAUAACAACUGGGGUGGCUGGGUGGUGCAGUCCGUUAAGUGUCCGACUCUUUUUUUUUUUUUUAAUUUUUUUUUUUAACGUUUUAUUUAUUUUUGAGGCAGAGAGAGACAGAGCAUGAACGGGGGAGGGGCAGAGAGAGAGGGAGACACAGAAUCGGAAACAGGCUCCAGUCUCCAGGCUCCGAGCCAUCAGCCCAGAGCCCGACGCGGGGCUCGAACUUGCGGACCUCGAGAUCGUGACCUGAGCCGAAGUCGGACGCUUAACCGACUGAGCCACCCAGGCGCCCCAAGCGUCCGACUCUUGACCUCAGCUCAGAUCAUGAUCUCACAGGUGGUGAGUUCGAGCCCGACAUCGGGCUCUGUGCUGAUGGCAUAGACUCUGCUUGGGAUCUUGUCUCUCCUUCUCUCUGCCCCUCCCCUGCUUGUGCGCUCUCUCUCUCACGCACGCACUCUCUCUCUCUCAAAAUAAAUAAAUAAACAUAAAAAUUUUUUUAAAUGCAUGUGACAACUAACUACAGUCUCUCGCUUUAUAUCUGCCUCUCCCAUACUGUCCUUUCUACACACACGCACACACACACACACACACACACACACACGCCCCACAUUAUCUACUGACAUCUUAUCUGUUUAGAUUCAUUCUUUCCUUAAUCCAUCCUCCUAAUACGAAGACAUCUCAAUUUUGGCUAAACACAUAUUCAGAUGCUUUCAUCAUUAUGACUGUAAAAUACUGUUGAUUACUGAGCCAAGAAGUGACUAUGAUUACAUUUCCCUUCUUGCACAAUAUUUAGUUUUUCUUAGAGUCAAUUUCCUCAUUUUCCUCUUUGCUUUGUUUUCAUUGAACAUCUAUAUUCCCAUGCCCUCCAUUAUCUCUGUCAAUGUGAUUCUCAAUUUAAUUUUCCACUUAGUUAAAUCUGUUAAAUAAUUUAUCGGCUUUACAUUCUUCUAGAGGCGUGCCUGUUGGAGCAUCUGACCCCAUAUUCCACCCUGAGCUGGUUAUUUUCUAUGCCUGACACAGAGCAAUUGUCCUGGGACUCCCUCACUGUCACCUUUGACAACCCUUUACCUGUCUCCUCUGUGAGAUGGUCCAGCUUUUGUACCCUAUAAUUUCCUUUAUGCAUUUCUGAAUUAUUUAAGUAGCAACAGGAAUAGUGUAUUGUUUUGUAAUUUUAAACCAAUUCAAUUCUUCUAAAAUUUUCAAUCCAUUUUUAAAGUUAAAUGCAAAAUUUGGGGGCACCUGGGUGGCUCAGUCGGUUGAGCAUCCGACUUUGGCUCAGGUCAUGAUUGCACGGUUCAUGAGUUCCAGCCCUGCAUCGGGCUCUGUGCUGACAGCUCAGAGCCUGGAGCCUGCUUCAGAUUCUGUGUCUCCCUCUCUCUCUGCCCCUCAGCUCCCUCACUCUGUUUCUCUCUCUCUCUCUCUC